AUGGGCCUCUUGUCGCGUCUCGGUUAUGUGAGACUAAACUAUAAGAUUUUUAUGUAUUCCACGUUAAUCUUAUUCUUUACAAGUACCGUACUGCUUUUUCUGUACUUGAAUCGUAUUCAACCGCAUUAUUUUAUCGAUGAGGCUUUCCACGUACCUCAGACAUUACGAUAUUGCACUUGGAACUUUACGCAGUGGGACCCAAAAAUUACCACGCUGCCUGGUUUAUACCUUAUUACCAGCGCAAUGCUAUCACCUUUUAGUCUUUGCAAUAUUACAUAUUUAAGAGCCAUAAAUUUACUCGGAACGUGCCUAAAUCUCUAUCUUGUCUAUAAUAUCAUAAAAGACAAGUGUAAAUCUAAUGAGACAGAUCGGUGGAACAAUUGGUUGAUGCUUACUUUAGCAUACAACAUUACCCUCUUUCCACCGUUAUACUUCUGGUGCUUCUUUUAUUACACAGAUGUUGUAUCUGUGAAUGUAGUGCUCUUAAUGUUACUUUUGCACCAGCGUAAGCAGGCAAAGAUGACAGCAUUCGCAGGUUUAGUUGCUGUCCUUGUACGUCAAACGAACAUUAUCUGGCUCGGCUUCCUUGCCAUAGAACACGCGCUAGACAUAUUUGAUCGCAAAAUGCCACAAUCUGCCUCUCCACGAGUGCUCAGCACUCCAAUGCACUUUCGUUUAAUUUGGAAGCAGAUAAUGUGCGAGGCACGCAAGGGUCCAUCAUCCUUUGUCAAGUUCGCUGCACAGGUAUGCAGCAGUCUACUUCCCUGCAUAACGGUCUGCCUGAUGUUCAUUGCCUUCGUCGCGUGGAACAAAGGCAUCGUCAUCGGCGACCGUACUGCUCACGUUGCAACAAUUCACGUCUGCCAGAUAUUUUACUUCUCCGCCUUCGUUUCCCUGUUCUCGUGGCCGUACGUGAUACCUCAUUGGCGAACGUGUUUGCAGCUUCUUCGCCGUUACUGGAUUCUCGCAAGUGCAAUUAUCGCGGUAAUGAUUGCAGUCAUUCGCUUCAAUACGCUCGUUCAUCCGUACGUUUUGGCCGAUAAUCGGCACUACUGGUUCUACGUGUGGAACAGAUUCAUAGGUCGAUACGCGGCGUUCAAGUAUCUGUUGAUACCAAUUUAUUGCGCGAGUUUGCUCGCCAUAUCGCGGAAUAUCAGCCACCUGAGAUUCCUCACGCAACUCAAUUACGGUAUCUGCGUGUGCGCGGUUCUGAUACCUCAAUUAUUAGUGGAACCGCGCUACUUCAUUUUACCGUACAUCUUUUAUCGUCUGAGCAUGAAAAGGCCUUGCAAAUGGCAGAUCUACUUGGAAUCGCUCACGACGUUGACGAUCAAUUUACUGCAAUUUCUUAUCUUCGCCAACAAGGCGUUCCAUUGGGAGGACCAGCCGUACAUCCAGCGAAUUUCCUGGUAAGAUUUAAAAAGGAUAUAUAAUAAACAGAUUUAUCUCAAUAUAGAGCGAUGUGUCUUUUCCUGUAUGCUAGUAUAAUUUAUUAAAAUUAAAAUCUGAAAUCGGAAACGUGUUUUUGUGACAUGUGGUAUUAAAUAAAAUACCGAUUAAUGUUUUCGACGAACAAUAGUUUAUUGUUCAUAGCUGAAACUUAUGGCAAAACUGCUAAAUAUCUGUACAGUAACAGCUUGUCAUAAUCUCGCAGCACACGCUGUCAGCGUACAAUAUAUUGAAUGUAAUCCAA